AUAAUAAAUGAAAUUUGACAAAAAGACAACAAACAAUUCAACAUAACUUGAAUUCUCUGAAAUUAACUGUUUUAUUACAAGGAAAUUAAGGAUUUCAUCUUACCUGAACGUCCUAGGAUUUGAUUUAUAAGUAUUCAAAGGUAGUCAGAUUCCAACCGUAAUGUAAUUUUUUUUAAAAUUUAAGGUGUUCUGUGACAGAAGAGCCCCAAACCUUUGAAAAACAUUGUGUGGCUUUAUGCAAAUGCCUUUAAAUUUUAUCUUAUCUUUUAGUUUACAAGUAAUUUACAAAUUUCAUUUAAAAAAAUGACUCAGUCAACUGUAUCCCGGAAAAACGCACAGAAAAAUAAAAUAAAAGAAAGGAAAUCUGAUGAUGAAAAAACAGAAACAUCACCUGCAAAAAAUAAUACCGAUAUCAAAUAUGGACCCUUACCCAAAUUUUCUGGUCAACGUGUUUGGAGUAGGGGAAUAGUUGUAAUAGGCAUAAUUAUUUACCUAUGGUAUUUUUCAAAAAGUCCGAAGGAGUCAGUUUUAGCAAAGCAGAGCGAAAGUUACAACAGAAGGGGCCAGAAUGUUGAUUGCGGCAGUGAAUAUUUAGAAGAUAUCAAACAAUAUCAGGGUUGUAUUCCUAAUAAAUGUGGCAGAUACGUCAGUGAUAAGAUUGUGACAUCCCAUGAAGCCGAUCUGCUCCUGAGACUGGCUAACAAAGGUAAGUUGUCAAUUCAUCUACGUUUUGAAUGAUCUGAUAUGGCUGUUUAUCAGUUUGUGAGGGCGAAAAUACAGAGCGCCAUCGCAGAUUCCUUUGCCAUUGACUCUAACAGCAUCCACUUGACUUAUCCGACGUUUUUUUCCAGAUUGAGCAACGCUGAUCCAAAAAGUAGGAACGACGAGUAUUGGCAUGAACAUAUUGAUAAGGUUAGUGAUGUUAUUACUGGCACAACUCUCGAAUAACAAUAGGAAAAUAGA